GUUCAGGCAGAAUUCUCCAUUUCUGAACAAAAAGAGGCUGUUUAAGUUAGAGAUAAAACAGAUGGAGAGCAGGUUAAAGACAGGACAAAGGUGCAUUUUUGGAAAGAGAAGUAGUAGCUUGGACUGGGCUGAGAGAUGCAGGUAGAAGAGUUAGUUGGGUUUUUGGGCACGUGAGCUACUUCUAUCCCCAAAGCCUGCUGUUUUCUUUUUCCCCAUCAAUGUUGACUGUUCAUUCAAAGUUACUACCGCACUCUCUAAACUCUGCUGCCCCAAAGUUACAGGGUAGCAUGUGUUGUUUUGGUGUGGUUUUCUGAGGUAAAGGGCAAGAAGCAAGUUGUUGGUGUGGAAGACAACUCCUUUGAGGUUGUUUGUUGUUUUAAUUUGUUCUAUGUGGAUUGUUUUGGUUUGUUCAUUUGUUGUGUUACGCUGUAUCUUUGGAGGGUGUCUGAAAUUUUUCAACGUAUCAUUGAGCUGCCACGGACAGCAGGUAUCUGGGAAAGCUGUCCUAGUCCUUAACGAUGCAGAAAUGCUUCUGAUUUUGGAUUUCACGUGCUCCACUCAGCACUGGGAUAUAGAAGGCAGAGGCGUCAAUUAUGAUGGUAUUGUCACCAUGUGGAGGACAUUCUUUUUGACUGAUGUGCUGGGUUCAUUUUGCUCCUUUCCAUCUGCAGAAGGCAGAAGUCAGGAAGCAGGUAAUAAGAGUGUGAAGAGAGAGGAAUUAAUUCUCUAGCUGUUAAGAAUGAAUUUGAGACACCUGAAGACAGAUGGAAGUUCAGUGAGGGACAAGGUAGCCUAAAAAUACAGGUACAGGAGUUGGGUCAGGCCUGACCCCUUUCCAUUGCAAGAAAAGCUAUUUAACAUAAAUUUUUUGCACACUGACAGAACUUGUACAGUGAGUCUAGUUGCAAGGUAUAAUUCCAGAGAAAAGUUUUUUGAGGAUUUAAUGGUAUCUGAUGUAGUAUGGCUGCAGAGAAAACACAGGGUUACGCUGCGAGAGAUGUGUGACUCAGGGUCUUCCUGAAGGAGCAGCCACUCGUGGCUGCCUGAGUGUGUUGGAAAUGCUCAUCACGGUGAUUCUUCCCUCCGUGUCCCUUGUGAGGUUUCUUCUCAUCUUCAGAAGCUGCGUGAUGUUCGGCACGGUUAGAAAUGUGAUGCCAGUGCAGGGAGAUGUGUUCUGCAGGUCCUUGCAGCACAGCCUGCUUCCUUGCUCAACUGCAAGAAAACAAACCCUGGCAAAAGUCUCAGAGGCUGAUACCCAAUGUUAUUUUCUCCAUGUGUUUUUCAUUUUCCUGUGUGCAAAACUCACACUUUGGUUUGGGAAAAGACUGGCUUGCUUUUUUCCCCAGUGUGGGAAGUCAAAGUAGUCGCUGUAUUUAUGUCUUCUAGUCUAUAUUCUAUAUUCUAUAUAUUCUAUUGUUGUUAGAAUACAGAAAAUAACUGGAUACAGUUUCAGGAUUCUGUAAAUAUCAUUCAUAAAGGUGUCUAACCUUUUUGAAAUGACUACAGUCAGAUGCUAAUUGCAGGAAGAACCUGAUCAGCAAAGAAGAUCCUGAAGCAGGAAGCAGUAAGAUUUUGCCCCCUUUCUCAUGAUAGAAGUUCUUCUGCAUAAAUUACAUACUGGGUUUUCUAAGGUGAUGAUCACUUCAUUAAGAAGUUGACAUUUUAUGUUAUCUAUCCUGCUGUCUCUCACCAACAAAGCUGGAGGCUGAUAUGGCCAAUAGUUCCUCGUGGAACCAUUCUGCUGGUGACUUCUCAAAGGGUUUGCUGGUGGCUGGCAGGCUUUUGCUUUAGUUUAAUCUCGGUGCUCUUCUGCUUUGCCUUGUUUUCCUUGUGCUCGUAGUCCCAGUUUAUGGCAGUCCAAAUACCUGAUUAAGCGCAGCUGAGUGCUGCUGGGCAGAGUCCGCUUUAUGUGCAGACACUAAAUUGUACUGUGAUGCAACGCUGCGUUGAAGAGGGCUUUUUGAUAUUCAUAACAGCUGGGGUAGCAAGUAUUAGCUUAAUAAUAAUUAUAGUCUUUAUUAGUAGCUACAUUUCAGCUGACUUAAAUCAUAGGAUGCGUCAACGAGGUGCUGUUAACAGCCAUAAACCUGAGCCUGCAUCUUUUUUUCCCUGGAGGCUUAAGGAUGGGGAGUGUGAAGAGCACAGGCAGUGGGGCUGACUCUGCAGGUUGCUGCUGUUUCUGUCCCUACAGCCCUGCUGUUGCUGCCUGGCAUCCAGCUGCUGGCCCAAGCUGCAAUCCAAGCCCACCUGCACUUUUCACAGAGUCUGGUCUUGGAUCUGUUGAGGUUUUGAAGUCUUUCUGGUGUCCCCCAGCGCUCUCAGAUGGCUUACAGCUUUAGCUACAUGGGUAUGAGGCUGGGCGGCCACUCUUGGUCUGGAAGGCUGGAGAACAGGGCACCACACGUGCGGUAUGGUAGGGCAGCGUUACCCAAAGGCACAGGGACACUGCUACUGGCUGUGCCCAAGCAGCACACCAAGCUAGCUGGAAGGGCAGAGUUCUGCAGAGUGCUGCACGCAGCCCCUGCCAACCAUGUUUGGGGAUCAGGGCCUCAGCGUGGGUGAGUUUUGCUCACAGUGUGCCCAAGCCACCGUGGUGCACGAGUGUGGCAUUCCCCAGCUUUUCAUAGCAGGGGAUCUGCUGAGUGGUUCUGGGGAAAGCCCAGGGCUGUUUCCUGCACAGCUUUUCUACGGAUGUCUCCUGUGCUUAACUCUGACUUUGCUUGCUUUUUUGAUAGGAAAAUGUUUUCUUCUGCUUCAUGGGCCACCUCUGAUGCCUGUGGACGAAUGGCUGAGAAAUACUUCAACAGAGCGUGGCUAGGCACAGUGCACCAGGCAGAGCAAGGUCAGGUGCUCCAAAAAUCAAGAGGAUGUGUGAAGAGAAAUUAGGGAGAGACAGAGCAAGCAAAGAACUACAGACCUGGUGAGAACAUGGAGUGCAGGGCCGAGGGAGGCUGCUCUGUGCAGUGCUCCUGCUAGGCGCCCCUGCCAUCUACCCAGCUCUUCUCAGCUCUGCCAGCUGCAUCCAUUCCCGGAGCCAGGAAGGAGAUAUUGCUUUCACAAGAUCAUGUCUCCUUCCGCUGUGGAGUUUGAUCUCUUUUUGAAACUACAUCUCCCAGCAGGCACUGGGAUGGCCUUCUUACCUCACGUUGAGAUCACUUCCUUUAUAGCCAUCUUAUCAACCAAGUGCAAAACACGAUCUGGUGAGCAAAGGUGAUUAGAGAGCUAGACCAAGAGAUAGGAAAAUAACUCAGCCCGCCAUGGCCAGCAGUGGAGCAGAUGCAGAGACCCCACAGCUGAACCCUGUGAUGGAGCCCCUCUCCUGGAUGCUGGGCACCUGGCUCUCAGACCCGCCAGGCGACGGCACCUUCCCCACCAUGAAGCCAUUCCAGUACCUGGAAGAAGUGCACAUCUCUCACGUGGGACAGCCUAUGCUCAACUUCUCAUUCAAUGCCUUCCAUCCGGACACCAGGAAACCAAUGCACCGAGAAUGUGGAUUCAUCCGCCUCAAACCUGACACUAAUAAGGUGGCCUUCAUCAGCGCCCAGAACACAGGUCUUGUGGAGGUGGAGGAAGGGGAGGUGAAUGGUCAAGAGCUGUCUAUAGCUUCUCACUCCAUAGCCAGGAUCUCCUUUGCCAAGAAGCCCCAUGUAGAGCAGAUUACCAGAAAAUUCCGUCUCAAUUCCGAUGGGAAGCUAGAACAAACAGUCUCCAUGGCGACCACUACACAGCCCAUGACGCAGCACCUCCACAUCACCUACAAGAAGGUGACACCCUGAUGCCAGGAGGGCCAGGGUGAGGAGCUGGGCAAUGCGCCCCGGGAGCAGCAGUGGCUCGGGGACGUGGGAUGGUGAAGCUGGAGCAAGGUACCCGUGCUCAGCCCCGGCUGUGCGGAGCUGCCCAUGCUGGUGAGAAUGUUAGCGGAUGUUCCUGUAAUGGUAUAUAUAAAAAAAUAAUAAUAAUAAUAAAAGCUUUUAUUUUUA